GUGUUAGUGUGUGUAAUUAUCGAAAAAUUAAACCACACAACAAAAACAAACGUUUGGUGACAUAACUGUGUAGGCAUAAUGAGGAAAUAGUGCGUGUCCUUGUAGAAACAAGGAAGGUAAAAAUUCAAUUGGUGGUGCAGUUUGGAAACUUUUAGUCACAACUCCAUUAUUUUGACAUGUUCUCCUUUGAAUCUAGCUCCAUAUUGACGAACAGUUUUGAGGAAUGAUACAUCUUAACGCUAAAAAAGAAUCUAAAAUGAGAUGAGAUGGCAGCACAAUUUCUAGUUACGUGUGAAUAUUGCGAACAUCCUUCAGAAUGUUUCUGUAACCCAUGCCAGAAACAACUUUGCACAAACUGUGUUUCAUUUCACAUCCAACAAAAAUCAGAGGAUGGUCACGAAAUCGUCUGUAACACAAAAAGAAAAAAAAAUUAUACGUUUCAUAAGUGUAAGAACCACACUGGAGUCGAAUGUCAAAUGUUCUGCAAGACAUGCGAUGUUCCAAUAUGCCCAAAAUGUGUUGCCGCCAAACACAAAUCGCACGAUUUGAUUGAUCUGGAGGAGAAGAUAGAUAACGUCUCUUACUGUCUGGAUAAAGAACAAAAUAAUUUGAAAUACUGUAUUAAACCUUUGUAUCAGAAAAUGAUUGAACAAAUCAAGUAUCGCAUUACAACCGUUCGCGCUCAUUUCAGGUCAUUGUCUGAUACCGUCACACAACUGGGAGCCAAGUGGCAUCAAGUUGUUGAGGACGUUAUUGUUGAUAUCAAGAAUGACUUGAUGCAGAUGGAAAUUGACCAGCUAAAUCUGUUGGAGAAAGACAAACUUAUGCUUCAAGAAAUAGAAGAACAACUGGAAAGUACAAUCAGAGAAAAUUCGGAUUUAGGCAUAUCAAAGAAUAGAGCUAAAUUAUUGCAUUACAAUUCUGAAAUGAAAAGGUACAGCACUAUCCCUCCCAUAAAGGACUUUACUGCAGUGGAAUUUCAACCUAAACUACCUGAAAAAGACACGUUGAAAGACUUAUUUGGAAGUGUAGAAAGAUUCCGCAUCCUUGAUUUGCCAGAAUACAGAGUACCAUACGAUGUCCCGCAGAAAUUAUCCAAAUGUUUGCUCAAACACCCUAUGCUGAUAUCUCUGAUAGAGACGGGCUUUGGACCCGACGACCAAGGAAACAAAAUAUACGACCUUGUUGCUACAAGCCACGGGCGUUUCUGGGCAACAGGAUACAGCCGAGUACUGAAAUUGUUUGACACUAACGGUAACUUGAUCGAUUCAGUAACACUGAGUCACAAAAGUUCGUACAUUUCAGGAAUCUCAGAUGGACUUCUCGCCUACAGCGACCAAUCGGACAACACGAUAAAAAGGAUAGAGUCCGACGGAAGUGCGAGAACCUUUGUCAAUGCUGGAGAGUGGGUUCCAAAAGGAUUGGCUAGCUUCGAUGGCAGAAGCGGUCCACAACUAUUUGUAUGUCUUCACAGAAAGGAACAACACAAGGUUGUCAAAUACAACAAGGAGGGUCUCAGCGAGCAAGAGUUUCUCUACCCAGCAGAACACCACCCGCUCUACAUAACGAUAAACAAAAAUGGAGACAUAGGCACAACUGACCAUCGCCAAAAUUCAGUAGCUGUUUUGGAUAAAUUUGGACAUCCCCGUUUCAUGUAUACAGGAAACAGGGAAGUGGGGAAGAUGAAGUCGUUUCAACCCAUCUCCAUAGCUACGGAUUGCUUCAGUAAUUACCUUAUUUCAGACUGGGCGAAUCACGUCAUCCACCUUUUGAACGGCGACGGCGUGUUUCUACGAGUGAUAGCGUUAAAGCAAAGCCUAAAAGAACCACGUGGUCUCUGCAUCAUUGGUGAAGGAUUGCUUAGCGUCGGGGAAUGUGCAACUGGAGCGAUUAAAGUGCUCAGAUAUUUGAAAACGAAAUCUGAUCAGUGAUA